AUGUCACCCACACUCACUCCGCCUACCCAGAAGGGAAGCCCCAGGGGCAUGUCGACCUUCUCGUGGCUCAAGCAAGCUUCCUUCAACACCUUGUGCAUGGGUCUCGUCGUCAGCUUUAUCCACUCUGGCAUCAAGCACCUCUCCAAGGGUGAACAGGCCCUCUACUACUUCCUCGCUCUCUUCAUCUGGCGUUAUCUUCGCUUCUGCCUCAACAUCAUCGGCUUCUGGACCUACAAGGCUGCCCCCAUGCCCAAGAGCAACGCCAACUACUACCCCGGUCGCGAUGUCACUGUCGUCAUUCCCACAGUUGAUCCCCUCGGUGUCGACUUCCAUGAGUGCCUGACCAGCUGCGCUCGCAACGGCCCCCGCAAGAUCAUCGUCGUCACUGCCGGAGAAGACCUAUAUGCAAAGACCCUCAGCGCUGUAGCUCCCGUCAUGGACGAGUUCCCCCUUAUCAACUUUCUGGUCACCCGUACGAACAUCGCCAACAAGCGCGAGCAAGUCGCCCACGUCAUCCGCUACAUCAACACCCCGAUCACCGUCCUUGUCGACGACCACGUCUUCUGGAACUCUCACGACCUUCUCAAGUCCUUGCUCGCCCCCUUCGAAGACAACCAAGUCGGCAUCGUCGGUACCAACAAGCGCGUCCGCCGUCUCGAAGGUCUCUCUAUCUGGUGCCGCUUCUGGAACAUGCUCGGUUGCCUGUACCUCGACCGUCACAACUUUGAGAUUCGCGCCACCAACGCCAUUGACGGUGGUGUCUUCGUCAUUUCCGGUCGCACCGUCGGCAUUCGCACUUGCAUCCUCGAAGACAAGGAAUUCCAGGCCGGCUACCUCCACGAGAUGUUCUUCUUCGGCCUUCUCGGACCUCUCCACCCCGACGAUGACAACUAUAUCACCCGCUUCAUGGUCAACAAUGGCUGGAAGAUCAAGAUUCAGUACACCAAGGACACUGAGAUGGAGACUACCGUCGGCGUCGGCGAGCCCGUCCAUACCAAGUUCCUCGGUCAGUGCCGCCGCUGGGUCCGCACCACUUGGAGGUCCAACACCACCUCUCUCUUCACCGAAGGCACCGUCUGGGCCACUCAGCCCUACUGCGUCUACGCCGUCUAUCUGACCAGCUUCACCAACUUUGCGCUCUUCACCGACGCCGCCCUGGUCUACCUCUUCACCCAGUCCUCCUGGUACACCGACGCCGCGGAGCCCAAUUACGCCCUCGCCGCUCUCCUUUCCUGGAUGAUCUUCACCAAGACCGUCAAAGUCUUCCGCUACUUCUCGACCUAUCCUCAAGACAUCUGGCUCUUCCCCGCCUACGUCCUCUUCGCCUACUUCCACUCCUUCAUCAAGCUCUGGGCCCUCUUCACCUUCUGGGACUACGCCUGGUCCGGCCGCAAACUCGCCGCUUUGACCGAGGGUGAGAAGAACGACGACAACGACAAGGAGCUGUCUCCCCUGGGCAUCCACUACGACGAGGACAUUCCCGACUUGGACAUCGGCCCUUCCGUGUCCCCGGUUCCCUUGAACCCCAUGGCUCCCAUGGGCCCCCAGUCUGCCACUCUCAUCAAGGCUUAG